UCAGUCUAUAUAUGGUCAAUAACUCAACCAAUAAGAUUCCUUAUAUUAUAUAAACUCUAUUUAGCAGAAGAGGAGAUCUCUGAUUUUUAUUUUUUUUUUGAAGAAAAUAUGAAAAAAUCAAUAUAUUUUCUUCUUUCCAUUUUUUUUACUCUAUUGCUUACACCAACAUUUGCCAUAAAAAAGUCAUAUGUUGUGUACUUGGGUGAACAUUCACAUGGAAAAGAAGCAACAUCAAUUGAUUUUGAUAGAGUGAUUAAUUUUCAUCAUGAAUUUCUUGGAUUACAUUUAAGAAGUAUUGAGAAGGCUAAGGAGGCAAUUUUUUAUUCUUAUACAAGACACAUCAAUGGCUUUGCUGCAAUUCUUGAAGAUGAAGAAGCUGAAGAAUUAUCUAAGCAUCCAAAGGUGAUAUCAAUAAUCUUGAACAAGGGAAAAGAACUACACACAACAAGAUCAUGGAACUUCUUGGGGUUGGAACAUGAGGGGAAAAUCCCUAAAAGCUCUUUAUGGAAGAAGGCAAGAUUUGGAGAAGACAUUAUUAUUGGCAAUAUUGAUUCUGAGUUAAAAGUGAAGAAUGCUUAUUAUCCCGAGAAAUUCGUUCUUAUUCGUGUGAUGGAGGCAGGUGUUUGGCCAGAAUCAGAAAGCUUUAGUGAUGAAGGAAUGGGACCAAUUCCAUCAAGGUGGAAAGGAACUUGCCAAACUGGCUCUGAUCCCACAUUUCGUUGCAAUAGGAAGUUAAUUGGAGCAAGAUACUUCAUCAAAGGAUUUGCUGCUGAGGCAGGAGCUCUAGUAAACUCCAAAUUCUACACGCCACGAGACACGUUAGGGCAUGGAUCACACACGUUGUCCACAGCUGGAGGUAAUUUUGUCGAGGGAGCUAACAUUUUCGGAUAUGGCAAUGGAACAGCUAAGGGAGGAUCACCAAGAGCACGAGUUGCGUCUUAUAAGGCUUGUUGGCCUCCUAUUAUUCCAUCCGAUUCGUGUACUGAUGCAGAUGUCUUGGCUGCAUUUGAUAUGGCAAUUCAUGAUGGCGUUGACGUGCUUUCAGUAUCAAUGGGAGGAUUGCCUGUACCAUAUGCCCAAGACAGUAUUGCUAUCGGUUCGUUUCAUGCUAUUAAGCAUGGCAUUGUUGUGGUUACCUCAGGUGGGAAUUCGGGUGCCUAUCCUGGUACAAUAGCAAACACUGCACCUUGGCUCAUUACUGUCGGGGCAAGUACCAUUGAUCGUGAGUUCUCUAGCUAUAUCGUCUUAGGAAACAAUAAACGUUACAGAGGAGUAAGCCUUUCAAGUAAAGCUCUGCCCAAAGGCAAAUCGUUCCCAAUUAUUACUGGUGCAUCUGCUAAAGUUGCCAAUGCGACAGCUGAAGAAGCUAAUUUUUGUAUAGAGGGGACGUUGGAUCCUAAGAAGGCGAAGGGGACUAUUUUGGUUUGUCAUAGAGGGGGUAGUGCAGCGUUUAGCAAGUGCAUUCAAGCUACUUCAGUAGGUGCAGUUGGUAUCGUUAUACUCAACAGCGCGUUCUUUGGAGAUGAAAUGUAUGCUGAACCAUACCUCUGCCCUGCUACGUUUAUCAGUUACUCUGAUGGAAUUAAAGUUUCGUCUUACGUUAGUUCAACAAGGAAAGCUACAGCUUACAUUACUCGGCCAACAACUGAAUUGGGAACGAAACCAGCACCAGUUAUGGCAUCCUUUUCGUCCAUUGGACCUAAUAGAGUGACACCAGAUAUUCUUAAGCCUGAUAUUACUGCCCCGGGAGUGAGCAUACUAGCUGCGUAUACUGGAGUUCAAGGCCCUGCAGAUUCAGAUUUAGAUAAUCGUCGGGUUAAAUUUAACACAAUGACAGGAACUUCAAUGUCAUGUCCUCAUGUGGCUGGUGUUGUUGGCCUUUUGAAGUCCCUCCAUCCAACUUGGAGUCCUGCAGCCAUCAAAUCCGCCAUUAUGACAUCCGCAAGAACACGAGACAACACGAUUAACCCAAUGACAAAUUCAAUUCACCUCAAGGUAUCACCGUUUGCUUAUGGAUCAGGACACAUAUGGCCAAACCGCGCCAUGGACCCUGGCUUGGUUUAUGACUUAACAAUCGAUGAUUACAUGAACUUCCUCUGUGCUCAAGGGUACAACGAAACUCAAAUCAGUUUCUUCACACAAGGCCACUUCAAAUGUCCUGACCCUAUUAGUUUCAGCAAUUUGAACUUACCUUCAAUCACAGUGCCCAAGCUCAAGGGCUCGAUCGUUGUGACUAGAACAUUGAAGAAUGUAGGAACCCCGGGCACUUACAAAGCUCAUAUUCGUUCCCCGAUUGGAAUUACUGUUGUUGUUGAGCCAAACACAUUGGAGUUUAAAAAGAUUGGAGAGGAGAAAAGUUUCAAGAUCACUCUGAAAGUUAAAGGACAAAAAGCUCCAAAAGAUUAUGUAUUUGGCCAUUUAAUAUGGUCUGAUAACAAGCACUAUGUUAGAAGUCCCAUUGUAGUGAAAGUUACUAAAAAUGUUAGAUAACAUUCAUUUCUAUAUUUUGUAUAAUGUGUAAUACUAUUCAUUGCUCUCAAAAUUAUUUGAAUAAUAAUAGAAAUCAUCAAAGCUUUAUAUAUCA